GACGGGAGUGCGUAGGGCGGAAGUUUGAACAGCAGGAGGCUAACGUCAGGAUAUCGCGCUAUAGCCGUUUUUGGCUCCUCUAAAAUGGACAUAUUUGUCCUGAAGUGUUUUUUCCUGCUGGUCCUUCACACGUCGGCGUAUCCUGCUGCCGCGCGGAGAGAGAGGAAAAAUGUCCUUUUCAUCAUGGCAGAUGAUUUGCGGACAUCUCUGGGGUGCUAUGGGGAUCCGGUGGCUAAAUCGCCCAACAUUGACCAGCUGGCAUCCAGAGGCCAAGUCUUUGUCAAUGCCUUUGCGCAGCAAGCUGUGUGCGGUCCCAGUCGGGUAUCCAUGUUAACCAGUCGCAGACCAGACACAACCAGGCUCUAUGACUUCAACUCCUACUGGAGAGUCCAUUCUGGAAACUACACGACCCUGCCACAGUACUUUAAAUCUCAAGGGUACUUCACUAUGUCUGUGGGCAAGGUGUUUCACCCAGGCAUUGCCUCCAACAAUACUGACGACUAUCCUUACAGCUGGUCCAUCCCAGCCUAUCACCCACCUUCAUUCACAUAUGAGAAAAAAAAGAUGUGUAAAGGGGAGGAUGGGAAACUCCACGUCAACUUGCUAUGUGCUGUGAAUGUGACCGAGCAGCCUGGGGGAACCCUCCCUGACCUGGAGAGCACAGAGGAGGCGGUGAGGUUACUGAAGAGUCGAGUCAACGAUGACGAUCCUUUCUUCUUGGCUGUGGGUUUUCAUAAGCCGCAUAUACCUUUUAGGAUUCCACAGGAAUACCUGACCCUGUAUCCUCUAGACCAAAUGACUCUGGCCUCUGACCCAGAUGUCCCUGAACGCCUUCCCACUGUGGCCUACAACCCCUGGACAGAUGUAAGGAAGCGAGAGGAUGUGCAAAAGCUCAACAUUAGCUUCCCCUAUGGACCUAUACCGAAAGACUUCCAGCUGCGUAUCCGUCAGCACUACUAUGCUGCAGUGUCAUAUAUGGAUGCUCAAGUUGGUCGGCUGCUCAGUGCACUGGAAGAGCUGGGGCUGGCAGACAACACUAUGGUGGUGUUCACCUCUGAUCAUGGUUGGUCACUGGGUGAGCAUGGUGAAUGGGCUAAAUACUCGAAUUUUGAUGUCGCAACACGCGUACCUCUGAUCUUCUUUGUUCCUGGUGGCAAUGAAGCCGGUACAUCAACCUUCCCGUUUAUAGACGUCUUAAGGGAAUCUGUGCACAGCAUCAAAAGUGGCAAAGUUAGAAGUAGGCUGGUGGAGCUGGUGGAUGUCUUUCCUACUGUGUCCUACCUGGCCGGCCUCAAAGUUCCCGUGCAGUGCCCUGACAUUUCUUUCCAGGUGGAUUUGUGUACUGAAGGAGAAAACCGUGCCUACGCUGCGCCACAAGGGCAAAGCGAGAGGACUCCAGAAGAUGUAGCUUUCAGCCAAUAUCCUCGCCCUGCUGAUGCACCACAGGAGAACUCUGACCUCCCUGACCUCAAAGACAUAAAGAUCAUGGGUUACUCUCUGCGCACCUGGGACUACAGGUACACUCUGUGGCUGGGAUUCAAUCCCAAAACAUUUCAGGUGAAUGUGUCUGACGUCCAUGCUGGGGAGUUGUACAUGUCAGCAGACGACCCCGGUCAGGACAAGAACAUCUUCAAUAACUCUGAUUACAGUGAGAUAAUGAGGAAGACUGCCAGCCUUCCUCAGACUGUUGGUUUGCAGAUGAGAAUGAAGCUGCAGUUCCACUACCUCACAGCGGGGAUGAAAACGAGCAGAGGGAAGCCAUGAGGACGGGAACGAAGCACAACAGAUGGGGACGAGUAAAAAGGGAAGAUGGAUGAGUGAAAGGGAAAAAAGGCUUGAACAUGAAUCGUAUUAUGUGCUGUCCAUGUAAUUUGUGUGCACUUGGUUCUUCAGGCUGAUGUUUGUGCUUGAGAACUCAUUGGUAGGCAGAUCUCAUGCUUUGACUUAGAGUGGAGUCCAUGCUUAGCAGAAUAGUUUGACACUAACAAAAGGAAACGCGCCUGUUUGCUGAAACUUGUAAUUCAUACAUGAUAUGAAUGCAGAUACUUUAUUUUAACCAAGCUCACCAUAUUUGUGUUACCAGUUAACCCCAGAGCUGGCUUGGUUAGUAAGGUGCACCCUUACAUGAUUCACUGACACAUGUGUGGUUGGAGGAAAACUGGGCUUAGAACAAAAUGUACUCAGUGGAGAAAUGAACAUUUGACUCAAAGCUGCAGUUUGAAGCCUUAAUGAAAUGUCAUCGUGUGAGUCACGUUAGGAUUGAACCACCAUACUGUGGGCAGAAGCAGGGACACCGGUUACCAAACCUUUUUUCUUUUUGGUAUCAGCGUGUGAACAUGGUUUUUUUUUUUUCUUAUUUAAAGUUGGGCAUUUUAACACGGGAAUCUGUGGGAACAGACGCAACCUUUGGAGCCGGCCACAAGUGCAGUUUUGGUAUUUGCUUGUUUGCGUCAUUUUCCCCCCCAUACAGCUGUGUAGAGGAAGUGUAACCUUUGGAGCUCGAGCUGACUUAUAGUCACCAUACUAAGAGUGUCCCGGUUAUUCAAUCCAACUUUAUUUUCCCUGAAAAAAACAAAAGCAAAACCAUCAUUCCUUUAACACAUCCCAUUAAACCCACAGGUGUCUGUGCAGCUGGACCACUGACGGGUUUCUGUGGAAAUCUCCACCUCAGACUAGAUAAACGUGGCAUCUAGAAGUCUUUUCAUUUAAAGGAAUAUUGAGGAAACUUGCAGAACUCCUUUUAAUUAAUGUUGACACCCAUGUUUGUCUUCAGUGUACUGGUAAACUGCUUUAAGGGGAAGUCUCUCAGAAUAGCAGCCGAUAGGGACUUUUGUACUGUAGUGUUAAACAAUAUGACAUUUCUAUUUGCACUUGAUGUUACUUGCAGCUAUUUGCCCCCCCCCUCGUAAACAGUCAGUUCAGAUCAGUUCAGAGACCUGGAAUGAAGGGAGUAAAAGCCACCCAUAAUUAAAUGCAAAUGAAACAGACUGUAGCUACAUUUACUGUGGUUCCAGUGCGUGAACAGUCGGUGCCGUGAUAAUUUAGAAGAAAGCAAUUUCAGCUUGAACUUCAGGUCCAACAAUGAAUGGAAGGGAUUUGCUCUGUCAACUUGUAUUGUUGGCUGCACCGGCGUCAUGUUAAUGAGAUCUAAAUGAAUCUUUUAUCAUCAGCUGGCUUCUGACAGGAGUGAGGAUGUGGAAGAAAUCUUAAGGUGGUUGCAGAGGUUCGUCUGUCCUGGUUUCCUGUGUGCUGUAACACGCCAAAUCUCAGGAACAGUAAUAAUCUGUCAGUCAGUGCAGACUCUCAUUUGCAUUAGAGCAUCCUGAAGAGUUCUUUCUGACGGGGGGGGGGGCACAGAAUUAACCAUAUUUCAGGUUUUGCAAGAACACACUGUGUGUGUGUGUGUGUGUGUGUGUGUGUGUGUGUGUAUAUUUGUCUAUUUUGAUUAUUAAAAAUAAGAAAUUGUUGUGCGUGAGCAUUAAAAGUUUGUGAUCACAGCUCCUGUGUGCGUGUUUGUCCUGCAGAAACACUUUGCUGCCUGUCCACGUGCCCCGCUGCUCUGUUGUAAUGCGUUUUGUGUUCACUCACAGCAGAAGUGUAAAGCUGCAGGGUAGUGAAGCAGCUCCUCGGGGACCUCGCCAGUCUAUUCUGUGUGCUCGCUCUCUUUACAGAAUGAACGCUGCUCUCUGGCACUGGGGUUGUGUUUUUUUUUUUUGUUUUUUUGUUUUUGUUUUUUUUGUUUUUUUGGCUUGAGCUGAACAUCUGCUAAUUUGUGUGUGAUGCCACCGAGUCGAUCUGUCUGCGUGACACAAACGGUUAAAAGCCUUGUAAUUGUGUUUUGAGAUAUCGAGUAAAUUCAGUCCCAGACUUUUUUUUUUUUUUUUUUCCUGCCGUUUUCAAUUUUCAAGCAAUCAUGCAGAACAAUUUGUGGAACUCGGUUUGAAGUGAAGUCUGUACGCUACACAUGAAAAUCAAAAAAAUCUGCAAAGAAGGCCAGGAAGGCACUUCACAUGUCUCCCCUGCCAAUUUCACACAUGCUCUGAUCAUUUCCACUCCUCUUUUCAUUUCAUUUACUUCUCUUCAUACCUGGUGCGUGUAUAUUUUUUUUUCCAUUACAUGAGCCUCCAUCUGAUCACCUGUUGAACGAUAGUUAAUCGUUGCACUCUAAGCAGCUUACCUUUGUUUCCCGUAUCAAUGAGUCUGAUUUAACUGUUGGUGCCUCGCUCAGCAGCAGCCCACUCUCCACUAUGACGAGGUUCACGCUCAUACUCUGAAAAUAAGAAUUAGGUGUGAGUGAGUGAGAGCAGCUGCAACUGCUCUCCUCCACUCUUUGUAUUCAUCACAGCUCAUAUUUCUGCCUCAGCGGUUUUAUCAGAUCAAUAUUUAUCAUCACAAGCAGUGAUCUCUGACCACCAUCAAAUUGAUCUAAUGGCAAUUACACUGUUUACCUGGUGCUUUGUUUUGGUAUUUUUCCUCUACCUCUCCCGCUGCCCUCUUUUCCUCUCACUCCAUCUUACCUGCUCCUUCUCUCCAAUCCACUCAGUCUUUGUCUCGCUCUCAUCGUCUAUCAUUAUGUUUCAUACGCUGGUAAUCGCAUCACCGCUACGGGCUCGUAUUUUGGCAGGUCACACUGCCUUUCUGUUAACCGUGGCGACAUACACAAUUACAUUAGCGAGAGGGAGAGGGUGUGCACGCGUGCAGAAAGCGCUUAGCUCAGCUGCAUUAAGACAAGAGUUCGUCUCAAGGGUGUGUGAAUGAAUCCAGGAACAGUAAACAAACUGUACUGUACUCCAUCUCCCAAUUACUUGAUGAAGUGGACCUGAAGAGUACUUUGUCAGAGGAGCUGUUUUUCAGAACUGCCUGCUAAUUAGCUGCUCUGCUGCUGCACGCAAUACUGCAACUAAAACUAACUGCAGAGUCACUUACAUGUUGUUCCUUUAGUGGUCAGUACCACUGCUAAUGACACUGUUCACCCGUCACCUGUACAAUAAUGUAAAGCCAUUAAAUAUAUGGAAAAGAAAAAGAAGCAAAAUGUUUUGCCUCUGUUCAUAUCGAAGAUUAAUUUUAAAUAAAUCACAACACCUUUUAUGCCACUCUAAUAUUUUUGAUGUUGGAUUGUUUGGUGUUUUAACACUUAAGAGGUGCUGUA